AUGUCGUUCACUGUCCCGCGUGUCCUUGCGGACAUCACUCACCUUGCCUCGAAAUGUGUCCUUAUUUGGACCAUUCAUAGAAACAAGAGCGCUGAAGGUGUUUCCCUCUUAACUCAGAUGCUAUAUACUUUGGUCUUCCUUACGCGCUACACUGAUCUGCUUCGCCAUGGCGGUUGGACAGAGCCUUAUAACGUCAUUUUCAAGUUCUUCUAUUUUAUAUCAUCAUUCUAUACUAUAUUUUUGAUGAUGAGGGUGUUUCCUCGAACCCGCGAGACGGAAAGAGCGUGGAAAAUGGCCUUGAUCUCUGUCGGAGUUUGCCUCGUACUCUCGCCCAUUGUGAUUCCCAUUUUCGGUAAAUAUCCUGCAUUGUGGUUUGAAGAGAUUCUAUGGACGUUCUCUAUAAUACUGGAAUCGGUUUGUGUUCUUCCGCAACUGUUGCUUCUUCGCCAGACUACCGUCCCCACUGUUAUCAAUUCAUACUAUCUUCUGAUGCUGGGAUCUUACCGAGCAUUUUACAUAAUAAACUGGUUCGUCCGGGGAGUCGGCGGUGACCACAAUGUGAGCUGGAUCUCGGUUAUCUUCGGAGUCGUCCAGACCGCAUUCUAUAUCGACUUUGCCUGGGUCUACUAUACUCGCCAACGCGUGAAGCUCCGGAAUGGAGGAGUUGUGGAUUCGGAAGAUUACCGGAACAGUUAUAUUGUCAACAAGGUGUUCAACAUUAGACGGCGAAGAAGUGAGGAUGAGGAAGAGCAGAGACUCCACGGCGAGGACGAUGACAGUGGCGAGCAUCAGCCAACGAAUAACCGUUGGGGUGCGCGGGGAAUUUCCGUCUCGGCCGACGAUACAUUAGAAGGCCAGCACAACGAGCGCUCUUUGGCGACGGAUCAUGAUGCGGAGGGAUUCGCGGAAGAUGAACGCCGCUAG